CAUCUCAGUCGCCCGUUGGUGGUUGCCAGGCAUUUAUCGAAGUGGCGCGGUCGGUAUCAAUUGCAGUAGCUGUCUUUGCCUCAGCUCUUAUCUCUACCUAUCUCCCUCCCACUUUCUUCCAUGCACAAGGUUACAAUUGAGUAUCAUCUGCGUUGUCUCAGAUUAAGACUCGUUUUGCCGGGAUUUUCCCCCCAACUCCUUAUUGCUUACAUCAAGCUCUCUCUCAACUUUAAACAUCACGACUGAAAUUGAAUGUAUUUUUCUGUGUGGUACUUUGCCGGCUCCGGUCACCUCUCAAAGUCACCUGUGAUUGUGUUGUGGUGUAGCAGCUGGUUGAUCUGACUGUAGGGCAUCAUGACUACGGUGAAGGAGACAAACGCACCGAAAACGGCUCAACAGCAAGAGCAGGAGCUGGUGGGGAGUAACCCUCCUCAGAGGAACUGGAAGGGUAUUGCAAUCGCCCUGCUUGUCAUUCUGGUCAUCUGCUCCCUGAUCGUCACCUCGGUCAUCCUGCUGACACCAGGUGAGGAUGACAGCUUGGCCCUCAAGGGGAAACUGACCGUGGGGGACAUCUUCAGGAAGGACUUCAAGGUUCACGACCCUGAGGCCAAGUGGAUCAACAGUAAUGAGCUACUGUAUCGCACACGUGAGGGGGAUGUUGUCAGGCUCAACAUGGAGACGUAUGAGAGGACGGUACUGGUGCACAACAAAAAGUUUGAAAUGUACAAAGCCAGCAAGUAUGAAGUGUCUCCUGACAUGAAGCAUGUGCUGCUCGCCUACAACGUGGCACCGGUGUACCAGCACUCGUUCACUGCCUUCUACAUCAUCUGCAGCCUGGAGACUCCAGAGACAUGGAACCUGAACCCUCCAGAGGUACGGAACGCCCAACUGCAGUACGCAGGCUGGGGACCCAAGGGCCAGCAGCUGAUUUUUAUUUUUGAGAACAACAUCUACUACCGUUCGACAGUGGAGAGCCGAUCGAUCCGUCUGGUUUCCACCGGCAAGGAGGGGGUCAUCUUCAAUGGGCUCAGCGAUUGGCUGUACGAAGAGGAGAUCUUCCAGACCCAUAUUGCCCACUGGUGGUCUCCGGAUGGUGCCCGGCUGGCAUAUGCCACCAUCAACGACACUAUGGUGCCCAGGAUGGAGAUCCCUAUGUUCACAGGAACUACUUAUCCUACCGGGAGGGAGUAUCACUACCCUAAGGCUGGGGAGGAAAAUCCAGUCAUCUCUUUGUAUGUGGUCAACCUGAACGGGCCCCUGCACACCAUCGAGAUGAGGAGACCUGAAGACCCGAGGAUGGGAGAGUACUAUGUCACCAUGGUGAAAUGGGCGACUACCACCAAACUGGCAGUGAACUGGUUAAACAGAGCCCAGAACAUAUCCAUGCUGACGUUGUGUCAGGCCACCACCGGUGUCUGCACCAAGAAACAUGAGGAUGAAAGUGAAAGUUGGCUACACAGACAGAAUGAGGAGCCGCUGUUCUCUAAAGACGGUCUGAAGUUGUUCUUCACCAGAGCCAUCCCACAGGGAGGCAGGGGCAAGUUCUUCCACAUCUCCAUGUCCAUCACACAGCCCAACACCAGCACAGACACGCUGCAGUCCAUCACGUCUGGAGACUGGGACGUCACCCAGGUGCUGGCCUAUAACGAGGACAUCCAGCUAAUAUACUUCUUGAGCACAGAGGAUGAUCCGAAACGCAGGCACCUCUACAGUGCGGACACAGUGGGCCCUUUCAACAGACGCUGUCUCUCCUGUGACUUCUACGAAGGUUGUGGCUACGUCAGAGGCUCUUUCAGCCACAGCAUGAGCCUCUUCCUGCUUAGCUGCAAAGGCCCUGAUGUCCCGUUUGUAGCAGUGUACAGCACACAGGACAGACAGAAGGUGUUUGACCUGGAGACCAAUGAGAAUCUGAGGAUGAGUUUGGACUCCAUGCAGAUGCCCCGCGUGGAAUACAAGGAGAUCAACAUCGAGGAUUACACACUAACGAUGCAGAUCCUCAAACCUGCCAGCUUUGUGGACUCAUCGCACUAUCCUCUGCUCCUCCUUGUCGAUGGCACCCCCGGUGGCCAGAUGGUGUCAGAGCAAUUCCACAUAGACUGGGCUACCGUGCUUGUGAGCAGCUUCGGGGCAAUGGUGGUUCGCUUUGACGGGCGGGGCAGUGGCUUCCAGGGGACCAACCUGCUGCACCGCGUCCAGAGGAAGCUGGGCGUGUUCGAGGAGAAGGACCAGCUGGAGGCCCUCAGUAUUAUUUCUAAAGAGCCAUAUGUUGACAAGACCAGGAUUGGAGUUUAUGGCAAGGUGUAUGGAGGCUACGUGACCAGCCUGUUACUCAGCGCCGAGGAUUCCCUGGUGAAAUGUGGUGCGGCUCUCUCACCCAUCACGGACUUUGACCUAUAUGCAUCAGCUUUUUCAGAGAGAUACCUGGGACAGCCCAAGCCUGACCCAAGAGCAUAUGCGAUGGCCAAUCUAGCACACAGGGCAUCUCAGUUCCUAGACAAGAAGUUUCUGAUUGUUCAUCCAACAGCAGAUGAAAAAGUGCAUUUCCAGCAUACAGCGAAAUUCAUCGCCCAGCUGAUCAAUGAAAACGCCAACUACACUCUGCAGAUCUACCCAGACGAGGGCCACUUCAUCCACAGCGAGGCCACGCGGCAGCACCUCAGCCAGUCACUGGUCAACUUCUUCGAGGAGUGUUUCCGGCUACCGGACAACGUGUUCGAGGAGAUACUGGAGGAGGAGAUCGAGGAAGAGGGUUAGCCUGGGCAAAACCAAUCCCCCCCAAACCAGAGCUCCAGUCCGCGCCCAAGCACAAUGCCAGCCGCCAUACCUGGUUUCCACAAUCCACAUGAUAUGCAACCUCCUCUUGGUUUAAACCUUUUGUUUUGUUUUCACCUUAUGUGAUUCCCCUGCGUUUCAGCAUGAUCAUCCCUGAGACUGCCACGUUGCAGAUCAACCCUGGGACUGCCGCGUUGCAGAACAUCCCUGAGACUGCCGCGUUGCAGAUCAUCCCUGAGACUGCCGCGUUGCAGAUCAUCCCUGAGACUGCCGCGUUGCAGAUCAUCCCUGAGACUGCCGCGUUGCAGAUCAUCCCUGAGACUGCCGCGUUGCAGAUCAUCCCUGAGACUGCCGCGUUGCAGAACAUCCCUGAGACUGCCGCGUUGCAGAACAUCCCUGAGACUGCCGCUUUGCAGAACAUCCCUGAGACUGCCACGUUGCAGAACAUCCCUGAGACUGCCGCGUUGCAGAACAUCCCUGAGACUGCCGCGUUGCAGAACAUCCCUGAGACUGCCGCGUUGCAGAACAUCCCUGAGACUGCCGCGUUGCAGAACAUCCCUGAGACUGCCGCGUUGCAGAACAUCCCUGAGACUGCCGCGUUGCAGAACAUCCCUGAGACUGCCGCGUUGCAGAACAUCCCUGAGACUGCCGCGUUGCAGAACAUCCCUGAGACUGCCGCGUUGCAGAUGCUUGCUUAUCUCCUCAUCCCGUUUUUGUCCUCCUACUCCUCCUCUUCUUCACCUUUUAGUCACCACGACUCCAUCAGAGACCAUCUGCAGCCAUUUUGUUGACAUCAACACAAUGAAUACAACUUUAUGAUGGAGGGUGAUGAGGGAUCAUUAGCUGACGUCAUAUCUGGAACAUCUUGAAAAGCAGUCGUGUCAGGAAUAGGCGUGCUCCUCGGAUUUCAAAUGACUGGUGAGAGGGAGGGAACAUAAAACUCCACACGCAAACUUUACCAGUCAGUGAGGCGAGGAAAGACUUAUAGCACAAACUGUGGGGUCAAAGUUACAGGCACCACAUGGGAUUUUAUGGGUCAAACUGGUUCCAGCCCAGUGUCUGUGGGUCGAGGGUAGGGUGUCUGCUCCUAUUUUUAAAAUCGUGAAAAUACAUUUUCAUGUUGAACUGUGCUUGUGUAUGUUGUUCCUCUGUAAAGUAGCACAUGAAAAACAUUCCCUUCUUUGGGUAUUGAUACUUCUUUUUUUCAGUGUUCAAGUUUGUCCUGAUCUUGGAAUCUUCUUGUAGCCGCAAGUAUGUAUUUAAAUGGUGUAGACUCCAUGUCAUGAAAAGAAGAGAAGGAUGUGAACAGAACCACCGGUUUGUUUUGUUAUAAAAUGUUCUCCUCAUUCUUUGCUUAUUGUAUAAUACUCCCUCUAGUCCUUUGGAAAUUGAAGCAUAUAUAUUAUAUUUUAGUCACUGUGCCUUACUUUGGGAGUGAGCAGUCCUUUUUAUGGACUCCUUUUGUGAAACUAAAUACAACAUGGCUCAUUGUAAAUAAAUGUUCUGCUGAUCAUGGCACUAACUACUGUUGGUUAAACCUUCACUCUGAUCUGUGAACACUUUGUAAUGUUGUCAUAGAGUAGGUAUGGCAUUAUAUCAACAGUCAUGUAAGAAAUGGUCUUCAGUUCCAAAUAUAACCAAUUGCCAAAAUAGAUGUAAACAGUAGCUGCAUGUAUCUGCACAUUAUUUUACAGAUGUUCAAAUGGCAAUGAAAUGGUUUGUCAAGCUAACAACCACAUAAAAUUAUCUUUUAGUAAAUGGCUAUUGAAGUGCCAUUACAACCGCUCUCAGUAUUAGGUCAAUUGGUGGGUUUGAGGUGCCACUGUGGAAUUGGUGUUGUUUUAUGGCAAAAAGUAAUACUUUGGUCUAUAAGGUAAUUAAUAGCUUAGAAUCAUUAUCUCAAUCUUUACAGGAUGAAAUACAAAGGAUUAAAAAAAAAGAAAAUGUAGGUUGGACUGCUAUCUAAAAAUGUGAAUUUGAGGCACAAGUCUGCAUUUUAUCUGAACGCUCAUUCUUGUUACUUUGUCAAUGCAUGUUAUCAAGUUAUUUACAACUCAAUGCGAUCUGUGAUAGCUCUGUUUCAAAAUAGUAUUUUUUACAUCUUGAAUGUUCCGUACUGGGUUGAAUUACAUUUACAGUAGUAUCAUGAUUGAGAUCCCAGUCUCUUCAGCUUGAUGUGUAAAUGUUACUCAAAUAUCAUUUGUCUCUUUAAUAGCGGUGUUAUUUGUGCAUAAAUGCAUUUUGAAAGUUA